UAAUAAUCAAAUAUAUAUGACAAUUUAUCCCCUUUCCUCCAUGUUCUGACACUUGAAGAAGUUAAUGCUAUCAGGAUCGGGUCUGAAAUGAGGGCAGUAGUUAAGAAGCUAAAGAAAAUGGAACGCUGUGGGGCACUGACAGGGCAUGGCAUUGACAGGGUAGUACUAUGGAGGUAUAGACCUGGGGCUCGUAGUAAACAUGCUUCUUGGAGAUCAUCUGUGUUGUACCAUUUACUCUCAAAUACUUCAUUCAUGAAGAAGUGGACAAGAGUAUGGUGGUGUUAUGACCUGUAGUUUUACUCAGACAAGGUAGGAGGGAAUGAGACCCCUGCUUUGUCUAGCAUUGUAAUCACAUUACAGAACUUUUGCGUUCCCCAGCAGUAGAAUAGUAGAAGAAUUAUUAUUACAAAGUCACAGUAGCUUCUAACACUUAAUGAGUACUUCCGAUGUGGCAGGCACUAAUAAGUACUACACAUGCAUUCUUUCAUUUAAGCCUCAGGUUAAAAACUUGCCUAAGUUCACAAAGCUUAGGCAAAGAGAGGACUGAUUUUUGACUCCAGGCAGUCUGACUUCAGAGCCUGGACUCUUAACAACUUCUCUAUAUGGCUGAGUCUGACUGGUCUACCUUUCCUUCCCUCCAAUAUUAUGAUGUCACUGUUUUUCAGGAACAGAGGUUCAUUUGCUGAGCCUAUAGCCACAAACCUGAAGUGAGAGCCAUAUUUCUUUUGUUUCAACCUUGGGAAGCUUCUUUCUAUACCAAUUUUUUUUAAUUAGUUACCAUUUAUUGAGCAUCUACUCUAUUUUAGCACCUUUGAUACAGUACAUCCAGACCUUAUGACAAUAGUGUAACAUAAAUACCUAUGUAUACAAAUGGUUUUUAAUCUUUCUGGGCUCACAGCCCUUUUUGAAAAUUUGAUGACAGCUUUGGAUCUUCUUUCUGGCAAAAAUUCACUUAUGCACAUACACAUAAUAUUGCACACAACUUCAGAUGUGGCUUUUAGGACCUACCUCUGCCUAUCCUCUAGCAGUCCAUGGCCUCCACGGACUCCAAGGGAAGAAUGCAGACAAUCAAAUGUGUGGUUGUAGGAGAUGGGGCUGUAGGUAAGACCUGCCUCCUCAUCAGUUACACAACAAAUGCCUUUCCUGAGGAGUAUAUCCCCACUGUCUUUGACAACUAUAGCGCCCAGACAUCUGUGGAUGGCCAAAUCGUCAGCCUGAACCUGUGGGACACAGCUGGACAAGAGGAGUAUGACAGACUGCGAACGCUCUCCUACCCCCAGACCAAUAUCUUUGUCAUUUGUUUUUCCAUUGGCAACCCAUCCUCUUAUGCCAAUGUGAGGCAUAAGUGGCACCCAGAGGUCUCCCACCAUUGCCCCAAUGUACCUAUUCUGCUGGUAGGCACCAAGAGGGACCUGCGGAGUGACCUUGAGACAGUGAAGAAGCUGAAAGAACAGAGCCUAGUGCCCACAACUCCUCAGCAAGGCACUUCCCUGGCUAAGCAGGUGGGGGCUGUGAAGUAUCUGGAAUGUUCGGCCCUGAUGCAGGAUGGAGUACACGAGGUAUUUCUGGAAGCUGUCCGGGCUGUGCUUUACCCUGCCACCAAGAAGAACACCAAGAAGUGUGUCCUCUUAUAGCUUUUGGGGUGCUACUUGGGAACUACACCUAAGAAUAAGGGGGGAUUCCUUUGACAGCAUUUAACAAUGUCAGCAUGAGCCAUCUGUCUUUUCUCCUGGAAACCCUAGACUUCAGGUUAUUCGGCUUUUGGAGGAACAAAAGCAGGCUAGUUUGUACAGGCUGCUUUGAAGUUUGGUCGGAACCUUUUGGAGGAAGUUUGAGAGCGUGUGUC